AUGGGGACCGAGCGCAAGCGUAAGAUCAGCCUCUUUGACGUUCCGCCGGAGACGAGCCGUCAGAAGGUGGACGGAUUCGCAGAUGCGACGUCGGCGGCGGCGGCUGUUAUCGCCGCGGCGUCGGCGAAUGUAAUGGCCGCGGCGGCGGUGACGACGAUAAACCCGUAUAACGGCCGGCCGUACACGCAGCGGUAUUUCGACAUUCUCGAGAAGCGGAAAACGCUGCCGGUGUGGCAGCAGAAGCAGGAAUUCGUGGAUCUGUUGAAGAAACAGCAGAUCAUCGUGCUCGUGGGAGAGACGGGUAGCGGGAAAACCACGCAGAUUCCGCAAUUCGUGGUGGAGUGUCUCAACGCGACGAACAAGAAGCAGGUGGCGUGCACGCAGCCGCGACGAGUGGCGGCGAUGUCGGUGUCGCGGCGAGUGGCGGACGAGAUGGACGUGACCAUCGGCGAGGAGGUGGGCUACUCCAUCCGAUUCGAGGACUGCAGCGGUCCCAAAACCAGCCUCAAGUAUCUGACCGAUGGUAUGCUUUUGAGAGAAGACAUGGCGGACCCGUUGCUCGAGAGGUACAAGGCGAUCAUUCUGGACGAGGCGCACGAGCGCACGCUGGCGACGGACGUGCUGUUUGGGCUGCUCAAGGCCGUGCUGGAGCACCGCAAGGAGUGGUAUCUGACCGAUGGUAUGCUGCUAAGGGAAGCCAUGGCGGAUCCUCUACUCGAGAGAUACCUCACGGAUGGUAUGCUGUUGAGAGAGGCCAUGGCCGAUCCCCUGUUGGAGAGGUACAAGGCGAUCAUUCUGGACGAGGCGCACGAGCGCACGCUGGCGACGGACGUGCUGUUUGGGCUGCUCAAGGCCGUGCUGGAGCACCGGAAAGACCUCAAGCUCGUCGUCAUGAGCGCCACUCUCGAGGCCGAGAAGUUUCAGGGCUACUUCCACGGCGCGCCCCUCAUGAAGGUCCCCGGCAGGCUGCACCCCGUAGAGAUUUUCUACACUCAGGAGCUGGGGCGGGAGUACCUGGAAAGUGCUAUCUGCACCGCAUGGUGGUGCAGUGCAGAUGAGCCAGAGCGGAACUACCUAGAAGCAGCCAUUCGCACGGUGGUGCAGAUCCACAUGUGUGAGCCGCCGGGGGACAUUCUCACGGGGGAGGAGGAGAUUGAGGACGCGUGCAAGAAGAUCGCCCGCGAGGUGCACAACAUGGGCGACCAGGUGGGGCCCGUCAAGGUCGUCCCGCUCUACUCACACUCCCCCGCUCUCCCCUCUCUUCCCCAUUCCGCCUCCCCCUCCUUCCUCCGCCUCCCCUCCCACCCUCCGCCUCCCCUCUCCUCUCCGCCUCCCCUCGAGCCUGAAAGGGACUACCUAGAAGCAGCCAUUCGCACGGUGGUGCAGAUCCACAUGUGUGAGCCGCCGGGGGACAUUCUCGUGUUCCUCACGGGGGAGGAGGAGAUUGAGGACGCGUGCAAGAAGAUCGCCCGCGAGGUGCAGAACAUGGGAGACCAGGUGGGGCCCGUCAAGGUCGUCCCGCUCUACUCCACUCUGCCGCCCGCCAUGCAGCAGAAAAUCUUCGACGCUGCCCCGCCGCCCGUGAAAGAAGGCGGGCCGCCCGGCCGAAAAAUCGUCAUUUCCACAAACAUCGCGGAAACCUCCCUCACGAUCGACGGAAUCGUCUACGUCAUCGACCCGGGUUUCUCCAAACAGAAGGUCUAUAACCCGAGGAUUCGAGUCGAGUCGCUCCUAGUCUCCCCGAUCUCCAAAGCCUCGGCGCACCAGCGAGCGGGUCGAGCCGGCCGAACGCAGCCCGGGAAAUGCUUCCGCCUCUACACGGAACGCUCCUUCCAAAAAGACCUCCAGGAGCAAACCUACCCGGAAAUCCUCCGAUCGAACCUUGCCAACGUCGUGCUAACCCUAAAAAAGCUCGGAAUUGACGAUCUCGUGCACUUUGACUUCAUGGAUCCGCCCGCCCCGGAGACCCUGAUGAGAGCGCUGGAGCUGCUGAACUACCUGGGCGCGCUGGACGAUGAGGGGAAUCUGACCAAGCUGGGCGAGCUCAUGAGCGAGUUUCCAUUGGACCCGCAGCUCUCCAAGAUGCUCGUUGUGUCCCCCGACUACAACUGCUCCAAUGAGAUCCUCUCGAUUACCGCCAUGCUCUCAGUGCCCAACUGCUUCAUUCGCCCGCGGGAGGCGCAGAAGCAGGCGGACGAGGCCAAGGCGCGCUUCUCCCACGAAGACGGCGACCACCUCACUCUCCUCAACGUUUUCCACGCCUACAAGCAGAACGGCGAAGACGCUAGCUGGUGCUACGACAACUUCGUCAACGCCCGGGCCCUCAAGGCGGCGGACAACGUGCGCAACCAGCUGGUGCGGAUUAUGAUGCGCUACGGGCUCAAGAUGUGCUCCACGGCGUUUGAGUCGUCCGCCUACUACCCCAACAUUCGCAAGGCUCUCUUGGCCGGAUUCUUCAUGCAGGUGGCACAUUUGGAGAGGACAGGGCACUAUUUGACAGUCAAGGACAAUCAGAUCGUGCAUUUGCAUCCGUCAACAGGCCUGUCCCACAAGCCAGAGUGGGUGAUCUACAACGAGUUUGUGCUCACCACCCGGAACUUCAUCCGCGUUGUCACCGACGUCAAGGGCGACUGGCUGUUGGACAUAGCCCCUCACUACUACGACCUCGCCAACUUCCCUCAGUGCGAGGCGCGGCGAGUGCUGGAGCGCAUCGUGCUCGUGCGCAACCGGGACAGAGUCGAGGCAGCUAAAAAGGGGGAUAGCUAG